AUGACUGGCUCCCCAACUGGGACCCUGCAGACACCCCGCCAUUGCUGCUGCCGUGUACCGGCGGCAGCGACAGCGAUUCCGUCCCACAGCAAAGGCCAUUGCGACCCGUCAGGUUCCUGCGGCACCAUGACCAAUUACCGCCUGCGCCUUCAAAACAGGGCCAGCAGCUGGGGCCGCUGUAAUGGAUCGGCUUGCAUACGCAGCAGCAGCAUUGGUAUGGGUAGCAAUGGCGUCGGUCGAGAAGGUAGCACGGCCACUCUGCGGCUGGUGGAGCUUCCAGGCAAGGGCCGCGGCGUGGUGGCGACACGCAAGCUCUAUCCAGGAGAGCUGCUGCUGGUGUGCAGGGCGGGGGCCCGGCAGCCGGAGCUCGCAGGGCCUACUGCUAUGACACACGGUGCAGCUACGGCGGCAGCGGUGGUGGGAGGCACCGCGAGUCACUGCAGUGAGGCGGCCCUGGUUUCGGAGCUGAAGCGGCUGGAGUGGGGUCCACGUCAGGCCCAGAUCCUCGCGUUCCUCUACCGAGGUGCACGGCAGUCCACAGUCCCCGUCGCCCAUCCCGGAUCAAGGUUGGCCCAUCCAGCGACGGAAACAGAUGAUGUCGGAGGUAACAGCAGCUGGGGUGGCGGCGGCUUGGAACUGGACUUGUCCGACCUCACCGAUCCAUGGGCAGGUGAUGCCGCCGCGGUGCCGCCGCCGCAACUUGGGCCGGCCGCGGUUGCGGGCGCCGCGGCGACCCACAAGUCGGGACUGUCAGUCGAGGAGCUGGCGGCGGUGGUGCGGCUGAACGCCACGGGUCUACCCAGCGAUGAUGUACUGCUGGCACAGCUGUAUGGCAGACCGAACAUGUCGUUCAUCGGGUUAUGGCCCGCGCAUGCGAUGUUCAACCACUCGUGUGCGCCCAACGCAGUUGCGGUUGUAGCGGGCCGGGAGUUGCACAUUCGCUGCAGUGGCCCGGUGUCAGCCGGCGAGGAGGUGUGCAUCACGUACUCCGGGGCCCUGGGACUGGGGCCGUUGCCGCUGAGGAGGGCGCUCCUGGAAAAGAACCACCGCUUCAGGUGCACAUGUCCUCGCUGUACAGCGGAGGAGCGGGUACCCCGGGAGCUGGCGCAGCUGUGGAGCGACAUAGUUAUGCUGGCAUCACAGCAGCUGCAGCCGCAGCUGCUGGCUGCCGCAGCAACGCUGCGAGGCAGCGGCAGCGCGAACAGCAACAGCAGCAAUCCUGCUUAUGGCAGCGGCGGCGGUGGCGGCAGCGGGGCUUUCGGCAGCAGCGGUAGUGGCCCCCCGGCUUCU